AGUGACCUCAGUUCACUCAACAUACUGAAAACAUGAAGGCGUUCAUUCCCAUUCUCCUAGCUGCUCUGUGCUUUGAAGGACUGAAGGCACAGUGUCCUGAACCAAAUGCCCUACAAGAUGCUUAUGGGAACAAGCUCUGCGCCCGCAUGUUUGAACACAGCAGUUUUUACAAUGAAGAGAGCUGUAAAGGCCAGUACAUAGAUGUUUAUCCUGACGAUGACUAUCCCAUUAUGACAUGGACUUGGAACAACCGCAUCUCAUCUCUCGUGGUGAGCAGGUUAUGCAGUCUGACAGUGUGGUCCAAGUCUAAGAAGGAAGGCUACAAGAAGAAGUUUUCUGCUGGCAUUGUGCACCACCUUAAGGACGUGCAGAAGGGGCUGUUUGGAGACUGGAACGACUCCAUCUCAGGAUACUACUGCACAUGUUAGACAUGCUAGACAGAAACAACGCCAAAGAAAGAAACUCAAAAGACAUUAACACACAUUAUGAUGUUAAUGAGACAUGAACAGCUGUAGACCCUGGUGAAUGUAUGUUUUCAAAUGUUCAAUUAAAACUUCUCAAUGAACAUUUAUUUGGUACACAAGCAUUGUUUUUUUUCUGACAUCUGUUUGUGAUAUUUUAAGAUAAUCUGCAAGUGAUUUAAGCAGCAUGUUUCUGCAGGGAAUCUCUUCAGGCGAUCACAUGCAUAAAUGUUCAGAAAAAAUAAAGUCCUGCUUUGGUUCAA